AUGGUCAGUUAUGUAAAAGAUAUACCUUGUGAUAAUGGUUCAUGUCCUCUUGGUGACACAUGCUGCUCUGGUGAUGCAAAGCCAUGCUGUCCUUUACCUAAUGCUGUCUGCUGUGGUGAUAGCAAAUGCUGUCCCUCUGGCUACACUUGCAGUCCACCUCACUGUGUCAGGGAAGAAGAUAAUCACAUUACUCUAAUGCUGUCUUCAUCAGACAUUCCACAAAAGAGCAACAAUGUCACAAUCAUUCCUUGCAACACUGGAUACUGCCCUGAUGGUGAUACAUGCUGCCCUGAUGGUUGUUGUCCUGACUAUAAUGGCGUCUGCUGCUAUAACGGAUUUUGCUGUCCUACUGGUUACGUCUGCAGCAGGGUUGAUUGUGUGCGAAGUGCAAAGGAAGGUUUAAAUGUUGUGCCUCAAAGAAAAAUCCUUCUCCCACAUACCAAGAAGAAUAAAGAUUAA